UGACAGAAGGUAAGCUUUGAUGUCGUCAUUUGUUGAGCGAGUCCCGAGCUUUGUGUGGGCUAUGGCAGUCAAAACUCGAAGGCCUAUAUGAGCUAAGUGGUAAAGAAGAGCCAAGCUGAAGGCCGUGAUUUCGAUGGCUGAGACUCCGACGAUGGAAGAUAACAAGCAGAGGAAGUGGAAAAGAAAAGGCACUUCAUCCUCGUCGGCUCGAAUCAAUAAUUUGGACGAUGGCUGUUUGAUGCAUAUUUUCAGCUUCCUUUCCCCCAUACCAGAUCGGUAUAACACCGCCCUCGUUUGCCACAGAUGGCGUUACUUGGCAUGUCAUCCGAGGCUGUGGCUGCGAGUAGAACGAUCUAUUAAAGAUUUGUCCGAGUCUGGAGUUUUCCCAACCGUUGAGGCAGCUGUUGCUGCUGCUAGGCCUGGGGACACCAUACUAAUUGCAACAGGUGGAGUUCAUUCUGCCUCUAACAUUCAAAUUACAAAGCCACUUUGCCUGGUAUGCUCUUUUUCCCCGCCUUCUUUUGGCAGCUUGGGAGUUAAAAUGUAUUCUUCCUAUAGGAUUUAAAUACCAUCCAAUUGCGAGGAA